AUGAGUGAAUCUACCAGUAACCAAAUGACUACGUCAAAAUUGGAAAUGGGUAAGGAUAAUUCAGACAGGAAAAAUCUGAACUUGUUGAUGCCAGAAAAUCAUAACCCAGCUAAUGACGCUGACCCCAAAGAUCCUUCCAAAAAGAGGAUAAAGAUAGCUUGUGACAUUUGUCGUCGAAAGAAGAUCAAAUGCGAUGGAUCGUACCCCUGUGAGAAUUGUACACAAUCGAGGAAGCCAAAAGUUUGUCUGUACUCUGAACGGCUGACAAAGAGACAACCAAGGGUUCAUAAAUUGGGCCACAAGAGUCACGACCAAUUCAAUUUAAAGAGUGAAUCUGUACCCCUGAAGCAAGGAGAUAACACGAAUUUUCCAAAUUCCUUAGAUUCCCGAAUGUCAAAACUUGAACGUGCCAUUGAGAGGUUAACUGACACCGUUGAAAUACUUGCAGAUCGAACUGGUGGAGGUACCAAAUCGAACCGAUUACAUUCAGAGAGAGGAUCUGCCAUGGGUCUAGUUUCAAGAGAGGUGUCUUCAGCAGCGUCCGAUCGUGAUCACGAAGGACAAGAAAGAUUGCCUGGAUGUUCGAAAGAGGCAACUGAAAAUAGUGGCUCUAAUGGCACUAAGUUACCUCGAAUGGGGGGAUAUGCACUGUACAUAGGAACCCAGUCGAUAUUUUCAAUAUUUUCCAGAGAGUCGCUAGAUUGGAUGGAGCAAAAAUUAGGAUCUAAAGGUACUGAGUGCAUAACACCUAUGAAAAAUACCCUACUAGUAUGUCACAGCAAAUUAAGUGUGUUUUUGAAUAAAUGGAUCGACCCAGCAUUGAUUGACACCCGGACAAAAGAAAAGUUGUUGAAGCAACCAUUUCCAGUGGAUUCUAAAUUGGUUAUGGGGUUGGUGGAUGGAUAUGGGGAGAUACCCAUGAUUAGCUUUCUCGUUGAAGGGGAAACAGUCCGACAAAUGUUUGUCUCAUAUUAUGAUGGGUUAAACGAUCCGUCCAAAAGGCGGAAUUUCACUACAUCGGAAUUUUUGAUCAUGACUUCGGCAUUAUUGAUGGGGUUGGAUGCAAUGUUGGAUAAGAAGGAGCACAAGAAAAAUGGCAAAUUGUACCAUUUACAAGAUAAGCUAUUGGAAAACGCAAUAUUUUACUACCACAGACUAUGUCUUGUUAGUGAGGGUUUGGAGACUAUUGAGGCUCUUCUCUUGUUGAUAUCAUAUUGUGACUCCAGUUGGAUCUCAAAUCAUAUUAACUACAUACCGAAAGCGGUGGCAGUGAGGUAUGCACAGGAGAUUGGUUUACACCGGAUUGAAUAUUUCAACAAGUUGGGUGACAAGGAGCAAGAUCGAAUGCGGAAGAUAUGGUGGUUUUGCUAUUAUUAUGACACUGAUUUGUGCUUCAGGUUUGGUAAACCGCCAUCAAUCAACGUUGAUGAUGUCACGACGUGUACUGAGGCAGAUAUAUUGACUACGUGUAUUCAAGGGUCCACCUCCUAUUUGGAUCCAAAUUUUGAUGGUGACGAUAUGGAACGUCAAAUGUCAAUUGCAGUGGCCGAUGAGGCUUUAUUAGGGGACCCGACCCAACCGCUCAGUUAUCGAUUACUUCAAAAGUUGAAAUCAUUUAAAGAUGACACAUUUUAUUAUCAUUUCUACGGCAUGCUUUUGGCAAAAAUCAAAUCGGAAUCGUACCAUCUACUAUUUGCCGCUUCAGCAAGAUUGCGUGAUUUUGAGUCCCUAUCGAAUGCGUUGGACCAUUUGAAUCUGGAAAUGUCAGAGUUGGCAAGAUAUUUAUCGGAAGUUGACCGGCCCCGUUUUUACAAUGACCCACUAUUUCAUUUUAUCGAUCAGAAAAUACCUGAGCCAAGACGACAAAUUAUCUUGGUGGGUCAGUUGUCUUAUUUUGCUCAUUUGAUGGUGAUUAACCGGUUCCCGUUUGUUGUUGAAACAGACAAGGUUGAUGCUGGAAGUCAAAUUUUGAAGUUCCGGAAUUUAUCAUUAGAUGCCGCAAGAACCAUAUUAGUGAUGAUGAAGCAAGUGAAUAAAGACACUGUUGGUUCGACAUUCCUAAACUGGGUGUUGUAUUAUCCUAUCAUUGCGUUUUUGACCCUUGCGGGCUCGGUAUUGAACCAUCCAAACUCACCUGAAGUGGUCAAUGAUAUUAAGCUAUUGAGUGAGUCGUCGAUGGGAUUCUUUGAAUAUGUGGGUAAUUUUUCAAAACCUCACAAGCAUGUGCGUUCACAUGGAGACAUAUCAAUUGAACUAAUUGUGAAACUAAUGUUGAGAGUUGUAAUAACCGCUUAUGAAAAUGAAACAGGGGUGUCUGUCUUACAGAAUGACGAAGCAUUAAGAGUUCAUUUGAAUAGUGUGCAAGUCAAGUUCCCCGAAUUGUAUCAAGAAACUGGUGAAUUUUCCAACAAUUUCCCUACAUUUUUCGGUCAAUCGUUUUUCGAAACUAGUGAAGAUUGGAGUCUGGAAACUUCUUCGUCAAUCGGCAAUAGAUUAAGCCCAUAUGCAUCAUCUCCGAGAUAUAAUCCAUCGGUGUCUAACAUCAUGCACCCCGAUCAAAAUAGUCAAAAUAGUACAAAUAAUAACACCCAUAUAAAUGGACGUUUCCCACCACAUCACCUUCAAUCUUAUCUGUCACCGCUGCAGCAGCCGCUACCUGGAGUCACAUCUACUCCAAUGAACUCGAUCCCGCUGUUUGUGCAUCCGGUGGAUCAAGUACAUCAUCAAUCAAACGGGUCCAACUUGCGAUCAACACAAAUGGGGAAUGUACAAAGUAAUAUGGCUGCUCCGGUUGCUACAGGGUCCGUUAUUGGUGAUUAUGGCGUAUCGAAUCAAUCAGGUAAUGAUGGGGUGCUGAAUAUGUUUUUGAGCCAAAUGAAUAGUAUGCCUAAUUUCUUUUUUGAUAAUAACUUAGGUAUAUAA